CCAGAAAUAACUAUAUCAUCUAAGAACGCAUCACUGUCCUCCUCUGGAACGGACUUUACAUCGCUUCGAUCCAGCAUUCUAGACUAUCAAUACGAGAAUGGCCGCCGUUACCAGAACUACCGCAAGGGCGAAUACCUGUUUCCCAACGACGAUGAUGAACAGGACCGCAUGGAUUUCCUUCACCAUAUCUACAACAUGAUUCUGGGCGGAGAACUGCACCUCGCGCCCAUUGUCGAUGCCCAGCGUGUCCUGGAUAUUGGUACAGGAACGGGAAUCUGGGCAAUGGACUUUGCAGAUCAAUAUCCCACCGCAGAAGUGAUUGGAAAUGACCUAAGUCCCAUACAGCCAGGAUGGGUGCCCACCAACUGUACCUUUGAAGUCGAUGAUUUCGAGUCGGAAUGGCUAUAUUCCCGCCCCUUCGACUAUAUCCACGGCCGCGAGUUAACGGGCACUAUCCGGGACAUCAACACACUGGUCAAGCGGGCAUUCGAGCAUUUGAAACCUGGCGGAUACCUGGAGCUUCAGUCGUUCACCUUCAAGGUAUUUACAGAUGACGACUCUCUCGCUCAACGGGCGCCGUUCACCACCCAAAUGUGUGACCUGGUAGAAGAGGCGGGAGCCAAAUUCGGCAAGGCGAUGCAGAAUAUCGACACAUGGGACGAGGCGUUCAAGAGAGCGGGGUUCACAGACAUCAUGGUCAAGGUCAUCAAGGUUCCCAUGAGCCCGUGGCCCAAGGAUGAGAAACAGAAGAGGAUCGGGCGCUACAUGCAAUCGGCUUAUAGCCAGGCUCUAGGAUCUCAUCUCCCUGGUAUUCUGGGCACUGUGUUAGGAUGGUCAAACGAAGAAGUGCAGGUGAUGGCAGCCAAAGUGAGGACUGAGCUGGCGGAUCUCACAGUGCAUCAAUACUCUAAAGUAUACAUCAUUUAUGGCAAGAAAUAGACAUGAG